AUUCGAAUUUGAUAAAAACAUGGGUGUCCACAAACUUAUGAACCUUAUUAAUGAAAAGGCUGAGAAGGCGGUUACAGAUAUCUAUUUGUCAAGUUUCGUUAGUGAAAUGAAAGAUAAGAUGAAUCCACCUCCUGCCAAAGCUGGUGAAGAUCAUAAAGAAGCACAUAAUCCUGAAAUCAGUCCAAAUGUAGUGAUAGAUGGAGUAGUAUUCUUAUAUAGUACCAUCUUAAGAGUUUAUAAACAGAAAAUGAAAAUUUUUAGUAAGGCCGAAAUUGAAGAAGUUGAAGAAGCAGAAGAAGUAAAGGAAGAGUACAAGAAAUUGAUCCAACAUGACAUACUCAAUCGCCUAAUUGAGUUUAUAGAGAAUGGAUUAAGCAUUGUAUUUGUCUUUGAUGUUUCAUCUUCCUUCUCAACCAAUGAUCUGGUAAUGAUUAAGAAGGCGGGAUGCACUUUUGAUAGACUUAAAAUGGCGGAAGUAAUCCCUCAAGACCUUUAUAAUGACACUAAGAAAAUUAUCAGCAUCCUUGGAGGUGAAGUUGUGGAAGUCAAUGGAAAUAUUCACUAUGAAUGCUCUAAACUAUCAAAGAAAUACAAAAGUCUUGCAGUUGUCAGUGAAGAUUUAGCAUUUCUGAUCUUUGAGACUCCAGCGAUCAUCAGAUACAUUGAUGCUGAGAAAGGAUUCAUUAGACUAAUUCAAACUGAAGAGAUGCUGAAAUCUUUCAAUAUUAAUCAAGAGCAAUUCUCUGAUUUAUGUAUUUUACUUGGAUGUGAUUACUCAAAAACUUUUGAAUUGCUUCAUACUGCCAAAGCAUUAGAUUACGUUCAAAAGUAUAAAGACAUAGAGUACAUCAUUAGCCAUUUUGAGUCUGAAUACAAAGAUGUAGGAGAUAUGAAAAUGCUAAAAUAUCUCGAUGAAUAUGAAUACCUUGAUGCAAGGAAAAAGAUUAAUGCAAUUGAUGCUGAAGACUUUAAAUUUGCAAUAAAGAAAACUACUUUUCCUCAGUUCGAACAGCCAGAUCUCGAAGUAGCUUUUGAUUUAAUCGUGGGAAACAAAGAAGAUGGUUUUAAGUACUUUGCUCCUCAAAACAGUAAUUAUACUGAAAAACUACUAAAUAGACUUAAGGAAGAUGGUGCAAAAUUAAUCCAGAAAAAGCUUCAGUUCUUGGCAUUGUAA